UAAUAAUAUAUGAAAUAAAAGAUUAAGUUCCAUAAAUGUGCGUUGUUCGUCUGUGCCAUUAGUGCCCAGUAUGUUGAAGUCGAAGAAGUUGCUGCAGCAAUUUGCCAAAGAGUAUGCCAACUUUACGCCUACCAACUUUAAGCUGAAACGAGCCCUGGUGGUCACCAAGUUAUCGCGCUAUGAGUUCGAACAGCAGCGAAAUCCACAGCUCUCGCGGGAGCAACUGGAGAAGAAGCUGCGGGACCGUGGUACCGACGUCGAGAUGAUUCUGUACCUUCACAAUCUGCACAAGGACUUUGAGAAGCGGGUCGUGCAGAGCUUUCAGGACGUGGGUUGUGAGGUGAAGAUGGCCAGCAGACUUGAAUUUAGAAGCUCGUUGAGCAAGGAUGUCAUGAGAUGGGCGGACGUCAUCGUGCCGGUGGGCGGCGAUGGCACGUUCCUUCUAUCCGCCGGCCGUGCUAGUCCGCUUUUCGCGCUAAGCCAGCAGAAGACACCGAUUGUGGGCUUCAAUUCGGAUCCGCUGCACUCGGAGGGGCGGCUCAUGCUCCCCAAACACUAUUCGGACAAUCCAGCCGAUGCCGUGGCACGCAUUAAAAGUGGCGACUUCAAGUGGAUGCAUCGCUCGAGGGUUCGCACCACGUUUCUGGGAAACAACGGUGAGAUCCCCGAAUCAACAGACCUCUUUCGGCAUAUUGAGGUUAAAAUGGAGCAGGUGACUACCAAGCCUGAACUGCUGGACCAGAACAUGGCCCGCAAGUAUAAGGCCAGAAUGAAACGUGUUCUUCCCUACUUGGCUCUCAAUGAGGUCUUCAUUGGGGAACACCUCUCAGCCCGAGUUUCCCACCUGCAACUGGUGCUGGACCACCAGGAUGUGGUGAACAAGACAAAGUGUUCAGGGCUCUGUGUCAGCACCGGCACGGGCUCAACGUCCUGGCACACAAGCAUCAAUCGCAUUACCAGCCGAUGUGUGGAGGAUCUUUUGAAAUCACUGCCAAACAGUAGUUUGCCGGAUUUGUCGACACUGCUGGCGAGCUCGGAGGAGAUUGCCCAGCAGUAUAACCGCAACCUGCUCUUCGCACCCGACGAUCCGCGGCUCUGUUACUCGGUCCGGGAGCAAAUUUGCGUGGGAGUUUGGCCCAUGCCGAAGACCUUCAAGGAGCGCGACUUUGGCCAGAGUGUGUUCGUCAAGUCGCAUUGCCUCGAUGCCAACCUGGUUAUAGAUGGCAGCAUUAUGUAUCCCUUCAACGACGGCGCAAAGGCCCUGCUGGAGGUCCAUCCCGAGGAUGCCCUGCUGACCAUCGCCCUAGACUAACGACCGAUGUGUACAGUGAUGCGUCCCAAGUGCCUUGUUUUCUAGCCCUAGCUAGCAUGUCUGAAUUUUUGAAAUUAUUUUAGUAUGCAUUUUGCAAUUACUUAAGCGGCAGGUGUGACACUGCAUUAAAAAGUUGAUCGGUUUAACAGCAAAUUUUAUGCCGUGUCAUAGGCGCAUAAUGCGGUGUAAGCUCAAAAGUUGUUUUGCUAUAACAUAAACGUAUAUUUAACAAUCA